AUGGCCGAAGGUGCCUUGAGCCUAUGGAACGCGUGGGCAACGCAGAUCCUGGUUCUACUGAGCCUCGGGCUGCAGAUCCUCCUCCUCCUCCUUUGCAGGAUCCGCCGGCGCGAAUCGGAUGCCUUUCUGAUUUGGAGGUUCCUCCUCUGGCUGGCGUAUCAGCUGGCUGACUCCACGGCGAUAUACGCCCUCGGCCACCUCUCCCUCAGCAGCAGCGUGACGACGCGCGACCACAGGCUUGUGGCGUUCUGGGCGCCAUUCCUGCUGCUGCACCUCGGUGGGCCGGACAACAUCACCGCCUACGCCCUGCAGGACAACCAGCUGUGGCUGCGUCACCUGGUGACCCUCCUUGUCCAGGCCCUCGGUGUUGGCUUUGUCCUCUACAAGCGUAUCAUCAUCGGCAGCGGCGUGGCGACCCCUCUCUUGCUGGCCACCGUCUUCAUGUUCGUGGUCGGCCUGGUUAUGUACGGCGAUAGGACAUGGGCGCUGAAGCAGGGUCACUUGAGCAACAUCCAGAGCUCUGUGAGGGAGCUACCGGGUAAGCAAAUCCGCUGGUAUAAAGGUUACCUGCAGAGUGAGGAUCAUUACAACUCCAUUGAUGAAUUCCUUAUACAGCGUGCUCACUCGCUGUUCCACGUCUGCAAGCGUGGGAUAGUAGACUCUGUGAGCAAUGUGGAUACAGAAAUAUGGGAGACUGAAACCACCAGGACGAUAAUCAAUAACCUGAGGAGAACACCGGAGAAGAUGUGGAAGGUGAUGGAGAUGGAGCUGUCGUUGAUGUACGACGUGCUCUACACCAAGGCAGCCGUGAUCCACACCUCCAUCGGCUACUGCAUCCGAGUCUUCUCGCCGGUCGCCAUUGCUGCCUCCUUCCUGCUGUUCCAUUUCAGUGGCAGCGAAGAUCUGCAGAACGGAGUCGAAGUCGCUGUCACGUAUGCCUUGUUGGGUGGUGCCCUCGUGAUCGAGACAGCCUCGCUGCUGAGUGCGCUGGGUUCAAGCUGGGCGCUCUCCUUCCUGUGUGGCACACGGUGGAGAUGGCUUCAGCACAAGGCUCUAUGCGGCGGAAGAUGGCACCGGCUCCGCCGACUGGUGCUGAAUCUUCGGUGGAUUGCAUCAAGAGUGACCCUAGGCUGCCUUGGAAGAUCAAGGAGUUGGCCGAGCACGAUUGGGCAGUUCAACUUGCUCUACUUCCGCGCUGCAAAGAUCCAUAAGUCAAACUGCUGUUUAAACAUUUUAGGCUGUGUAGCCAAGAAGCUGGGAUACGAGGAUUGGUGGGAUACAGCUUGCUACUCAUGGAGAUUGAACAUUCCAGAGAUGGCGAAGGAUCAGGCAGUGAAAAGUCUCUCCAAGGAUGAUCUCAACACCAUGGGCUUGCUUAGGCAUAAAUGGGACAAGCUGCCAGUCGACAAAAAAAGGUACCCUAAGCUAGCAAAAGCGCUGAAGAAUCUGCGAGCUGUCGACUUCCACGAGAGCAUCAUCAUCUGGCACAUCGCCACUGAUCUCAUCCUCUCCGGUGACAGCGCAGAUCAAACCAAGAAGGAGGCCGAACGCGUGCACUCCAUCAGGGCAAUCUCGAACUACCUUAUGUUCCUCCUUGUGACUCAACCUGAAAUGCUUCCUGGCAUACUCCAGAACUGGCUGUACCAACGGACCUGCAAAAACCUCGACGAGAAAUGCACAGAGUACCGUGACCAACUCAUUUCUUCCGGCAGCAAGGGGAGUAGUAGUAACCUGGCAUGCAGGCUGUUCUGGAACGACAAUAGCACAGCCACCACGUUUGUUGGGCUCAAGCAGACCAACGAACUCGCCAAAAUCCUACUCAACAUGGACGCUGCGUUUGACCCUUCAAUUCCUCGUCUCACGUAUGCACGCAGCAUUGCCAAGAUAUGGCUAAACUGGAACAGUGAAGAAGAAUUGAAGGGUUUGGAUCCAGUGAAGAUGCUGCUUAGGUUUUGGUUGAACUUUCUCAUAUAUGCUGCCAACCGAUGUCACAGAGAGUCCCAUGCCAAGAAGCUUAACGCCGGUGGCGAGUAUACAACCGUCGUGUGGCUAAUGGUCGAGCAUAUAUACCAAACAAAAGAAAAAACAACAAAAAGUGAGACAUAG